UCCUCGGCUGUGGCAUGUCAGACUGAGCCAGUCGUCCAGGGGAGCGCCAGCCACCAGGUCUUGACUGUUGGUGAGAAUAUGAGAGGAAGUCUCAUUGUGUUAACCUGCUAGUCACCCGGUGUACAGGCCACUGUACAGCAGCAUCCAUCUGAGCACGACUGCCCGACCGGACUGGUGGCUGCUGUUGCUACCUAACUGGCUAGCUAGCUAGCUAACCUCAACCCGCUAACUUCGCCAGUUUAAGGCGGUUUAACGGACAGACGGUGUGUGGAAAGCGGGGCCUCCGGCUAGUACGACUCGGUUUACAGCUGGAGAGCUGAACACCCCUGUUUAUUUUCCGAAGCAACAUCCUGCUGAGAUGGACAACCUCAGUGAUGCCCUGGAGAAGCUGAAGCUGGCGUCCACAGACAGCGCCACUGACAGCGUGGAGAGCUGUCUGGACUGCCUGCUGAAAGCACUCUCCAACAACAACACCGAGGCCAGUGUGAAGAUCCAGGAGAUGGGCGUUCUCCCCCUGCUUCCCCCCUUGCUAAGCCCCCAGUCCUCCUGCACCCCUAAAGUAGCCAACAUCAUAGCUGAGGUGGCCAAAAAUGAGUUCAUGCGGAGUCCCUGCGUCGAAGCCGGCCUCAUCCCUCCUCUAACUCAGCUGUUAAACUCACCCAACCAGGAGGUUCUCCUGCAGACUGGCCGAGCGCUUGGCAACAUCUGUUAUGACAGCCAUGAGGGCAGGAGUGCAGUUGACCUGGCAGGAGGGGCUCAGAUAGUAGCUGAACACAUUAAAUCCCUCUCCCAAAAUACUGAGCCGGAAAAUGAGAAGCUCUUGACUGUCUUUUGUGGCAUGCUGAUGAACUAUAGCAAUGAUAAUGAUUCCUUGCAAGCUCAGCUGAUCAAUAUGGGGGUGAUUCCCACUCUGGUGCAGCUGCUAGGCAUUCAUUCCCACAACGCAGCCCUGACAGAAAUGUGUCUAAUUGCCUUUGGGAAUUUGGCUGAACUUGAGUCCAGCAAAGAGCAGUUUGCCUCCACUAAUAUUGCUGAGGAGCUGGUGCGUCUUUUCCAGAAGCAGGCAGAGCACGAGAAGAAGGAAAUGAUUUUUGAGGUUCUGGCUCCACUUGCAGAAAAUGAUGUGAUAAAGCUCCAGCUGGUGGAGGCAGGCCUGGUGGAGUGUCUCCUGGAGGUGGUGGCUCAGACUGUAGACGGAGAGAGGGAGGAGGACAUCGCCCAGCUCAAGACUGCCUCAGACCUCAUCGUCCUCCUGCUGCUGGGAGAUGAGUCCAUGCAGAAGCUGUUUGAGGGAGGAAAGGGCAGCGUCUUCCAGAGGGUCUUGUCCUGGAUUCCAUCUCAUAACCACCAGCUGCAGCUCGCUGGGGCUCUGGCCAUUGCCAAUUUUGCUCGCAACGAUGGGAAUUGCAUCCACAUGGUGGACACUGGCAUCGUGCAGAAGCUUCUGGAGCUGUUGGAUCGGCACGUUGAGGAAGGCAACGUCACCGUUCAGCAUGCAGCACUGAGUGCCCUGCGGAACCUGGCCAUUCCUGUGGUAAACAAAUCCAAGAUGCUGUCAGCUGGUGUAGCAGACGUGGUGUUGAGGUUUUUGCAAUCAGAGAUGCCUCCAGUCCAGUUUAAACUCCUGGGGACGUUACGCAUGCUCAUCGAUACACAAGCUGAAGCUGCAGACCAGCUGGGAACCAAUGGGAAGCUAGUGGAGAGGCUAGUGGAGUGGUGUGAAGCCAAAGAUCACGCAGGGGUGAUGGGCGAGUCCAACAGGCUGCUGUCGGCCCUCAUCCGACACAGCAAGUCCAAGGAAGUCGUCAGAACUGUCAUCCAGGGAGGAGGAGUCAAGCACUUAGUUACCAUGGCAACUAGUGAGCAUAUGAUUAUGCAGAACGAAGCACUGGUGGCUUUGGGUCUCAUAGCAGCGCUGGAUUUGGUUGCAGCUGAGAAGGACUUUGUCGGAGCCAACUUGGUGUCGGUGCUUCACAAGCUGCUGUCAGAUGAGAGGAGCGCACCGGAGAUCAAGUACAACUCUAUGAUCCUCAUCUGUGCAGUCAUGGGCUCAGAGCCCCUCCACAAAGAGGUCCAGAGCCUGGCAUUCAUCGACGUGGUGUCCAAGCUGAGGGCCCACGAAAACAAAACGGUCUCCCACCAGGCGUCCCUCACAGAGCAGCGAUUAACUGCCCAGAGCUAAAUGACUGUCCGACCCCGCCCACACCCAUCCACCCAAAACGCCUGCCUGACCACCCAAUCACCCAGUGACACCUCAUGACUGCUCUCCCCUCUGUGCCCCAUCGUCACGUGCCAAGGUACCAUUUCGCGUUAACUGCCAGCCAAGACCUGGUCAUGUCUCUGCCCUGCCCACCUCCACCAGGGUUAGACUGAUGUGGAUUUAUUAUACAAAUCAUGAAAUCUGAGCAUUUUCUAAUGUCAUUUUAUUUUGAAUUACAACAAUUCAACGAGAAUGAAAUCGUCAAGAGGGUGGAAAAGCCUCUGAAACCAUUUUUAGACUUGUGUGGGACACCAAUACUCUCCCUUGAAAGCCAUAAUAAUGAGAUUUAUUUAGGUGGGUUAGCAGGUCCUUAACAAAGCCACGCCCCUUAAACGCUCAAUGGACACCGUAGACUUCCUGGUCUACCUGCAUCGGUCCAACCCUGGUCCCCUCCUCUACUUGUGCAUGCAUCUUCUGCUACAAGUAGCUCCACAAACAGCCUAACGCAAUAGAUAAGAGACGACACUCUUUUACGACCAUAGCUGUGAGACCAUCCACCGGUAACCCACCAGUGAAAAAAUGUGCACAAAAGAACAAAAAAAAAAAGACUUCCUGUUGUGAUUUUUCCUUCAUUUUUAAGAAAAGCAGCCAUCCAUGAUGUGCCCAGUUGUGUCCCAUGUAGCUCAAGUAUAAAUUGACCAGAAAAUGUGCAUGUUUUAGUCCUGUUUAAGGUGUGACAGUGUUCAUUUGACCUCUACCGCUCGCAUAGUCCCAAAGUCCAGCCUGCCCUCCUCCACUGACACCUCCAGUCUUGUACACUUUUGUUUGCACUUGUUGUUUACGACUCGGAUCGAGAGAUUUUAUCAGAUUUUUAAUUCCACAGUUGUCCGAACACAUUCCCUCUGCUGCAGCAGCUGUACAGUGAACUCCGCCCCUUCCCUGAACGAGGGUCCUGUAAGAACCAGGUGAAGCAAACGUAGUGGAGCACAGAGCUGUAGUCAAGUCUACCUUCAGUCUGCUCCAGGUCACCUCCAAGACCGAGGGUACAGCCACGGUGAAGUCCAGACCACAAUAGGGAAUUGGAAAUAGAAUUCAAUGAGUAACAAGUUUAACUAUCAAUAGGGAGCUCUGAUCCAAAGCCGUCAUAAUGCGUAUCAGUCCAAAGUUGGACAUUUCAAAAAGAUGUUGUAAAUACAUACACAGCAACCUAUAAGGUGAGAAUGUCAGGUAGGUGCAAAGUAACAAAACAUGCAAUUGAGUGAAAAAGAAAGGUCUCUUCCAUUAACAUCAUUUCAAACUGGGUGGAAUCAAAGAUGUCUUUGAUUCCACAUGGAUGGUUUUGACUUGAAUUAAUUAAACCUUGUUUUUCUUACUUUGCGCCUACCUGGCAGUUUUUCCCCAUCCUUUAUGUCGUUAAGCAGAUUGCCUCUCCAACAUCUCUCCAUUAGUUGCCGAUCACUUUGACACCUUGCGUAGCCAGAUCUCUACAGAUGAACGUCUUGUUUGCAGCACUGUGGACAAACUCAGAAAAUAUCAAUAGAAGAUCAAUUUUAAAUGAUAUUUUGGAUGGGCAUGAAAUGGUGGAGUAAUCUAUGAAGAGCAGCCAAGAACAAGUCACUUUCAAGUCAGAGUAGACAUGAGACUAAGAAUUCAGAAAGUAGACUAGAGCACUACAGCCUGUGAGAUACAGUUAUAACGCACCAUAGAGCCCCAAGAGAUGAUCACAAACUUGCUGUAAUUCUUCCAUAUGAAAUAAAGUGUGUGUGUUGUGGAGCAGUGUGAAUGCUGCCUCUGAAUGGUCACUGUAUUUAACCACAGGCCUCUCUCUCUAUGUACCACAGUUGCUUUCUGCUAACACGUCAGCAUGUUCACAUACCACCCCGUCUCCUGGUCUGGGCCCAUGCUUUUUCUUUUCUCUUUUUUAAAGGUAUGAAUGGUUAUUUAUCAGAUGUGUGCUCUUUCUAAAGACACAUGCCUGUGGAGAUGUAUCCAUAGUAACUGUGUGAAAUCCUAUAAACUUAAGUGUUUGUUGUAAAUGUCAUGAGUUGUACAUUUGGAGGAUUGUAACUCAGCAGAUAAUUAAAAGAUGAUAGCUGGUGAUGGCUGACGUCUUCAAUCCCUA